GUGCAUGUAAUGAAACGAAAUUUGGUUGUUGUCCGGAUGAAGUAACUUUGGCUCGUGGUUCAAACUAUGAAGGUUGUGGUGAGCCAACUUGUGCUGCAUCGUUGUAUGGUUGCUGCAAAGAUCGUAAAACGAUUGCUUUUGGACCAUAUUAUGCAGGAUGCGAAAGAUCAUCAUUUCCGUGUGAAUUAUCUACAUAUGGUUGCUGUCCGGAUGGUGAAACGGCAGCAUUAGGAAAGAAUGGUACCGGUUGCGGUGAGAACUGUUUAACUACCAAAUUUGGUUGCUGUCCAGAUGGUAAAACAACUGCAAAAGGAUUGGAAAAUGAAGGAUGUGGUUGUGAAUAUGCGCAAUACGGUUGUUGUCCGGAUGGUAAAACAGUAGCAAAAGGUCUUAAGAAUUAUGGCUGUCCUAUAUCAUGUGCGCAAAGUCAAUAUGGUUGUUGUCCGGACGGUAAAACAAGAGCUCAUGGACCAAAUAAAGAGGGUUGUCCAUGCCAAUAUACGCAGUACGGAUGUUGUCCGGAUGGUGAAACGAGCGCUCUUGGCCCAAUGAAUGAAGGAUGUGAUGAUUGUCGAUACUCAAAGUAUGGUUGUUGUCCUGAUAGUGAAAUUCGAGCUAUUGGACCACAAUAUGCUGGAUGUCCAUCUACCACACCGGCACCUUUUAUUAUAGGCGGUUCUGUCGCACCGGAAAAAAUCAUUUCAUGUUCAUUAUCACAGGAUCAGGGUACAAUAUGUCAUCCAGGCUAUAAAUUACUAUGGUACUAUGAUACAGCUGAAGGUCGUUGUAAGCAAUUUUGGUAUGGCGGUUGUGAUGGUAAUGAAAAUCGGUUUGCAACGAAAGAGCAAUGUGAAGCAGUUUGUGUAAAACCACCAGCAACAGGUCGUUGUUUUCUACCUAAAGUAGAAGGACCAUUACGAUGUAAUCAAUUAUCAGCUCGUUAUUGGUAUGAUUAUACAACCAAACAAUGUGGUGCAUUUUGGUGGCGUGGUUGUUUGGGAAAUGAUAAUAAUUUUGAAAGUUGGGAAGAUUGUCAAAAUUUUUGCGCUGAUAUUGGUCCAAUCGGAAAAUUGAACGAUGCAUUAUCACAAUUAAAGACAAAGCAAAUCAAUGAAAUUAUGACAAGUGUUUCACCAUUUGAAUAUAAACGUUUUGGUGCUUCAAAAGAAUUAGCGGAAGAUGAUGAUACGUUUAUUUCAAUUGAACGAAAAACUACCAUGCCUCGUGAACAAUCAUUACCGGUAUUCAUUCCAAAUGAUCGUCAAUUAGGCUUAUCACAAGAACCCUUGCAAGUACCAUUAUCACAACCGCAGCAAUCAUCAUCACUAUCUCAAAAACCGCGUA